CGCCAAACAAGCUCUCGCGACUGAAUCCGCGCUCACGAUUCCCCAUCCUGACGCAACCGGAAUUGCUUAUUCUCUAUACGCUAAACCUUCCAACCUUGUUGUUUAACCUUUUAUUUCAUACCAACACCCAUCGCCAAUUUGACUGAACACAGCACCUCAAAACAUCUACUCCGCCUAACAUUGAUCAUCUGCGCAAAAGCAACAUAAAGUCCCAAUAUCCCACCGCACAUUCCCGCAUACCUGCACGGCUCCGAGGCUGCACGAGUUGAUCCUACAACGCUGCUCAUACAUUGUCUGCCAACACAACACUCUUCACAAAUCUCAUGAAGUCGUGGUCGGAUCUUCAACAUCUUCACGAUGUUUGAAGGCCGCUCGGGCCGAGGAUCGACGAUCACAAAAGGCGGUCCGGGGCUCCUCAAAGGUCCACAUACGAAAUUUCAGGGAGCUACAGACGAUACGGCCCGCUUAAAGAGUCGACAUGGGAUGAACAAUGUCUCUCGCGGCGGUGCGCGCGGAAACGCGCGCAGCACGGCAUCCACAAGAGGAAGAGGAAGAGGUGGCAGAGCGCAACCUAGCGGAUAUCCAUCGCAGCGGCGAAAGUCACAAGACUCACAUAUUUCACAAGAAGGCGAAUCCCAGACUUCGGUCACAUACAAACCAACUGGUGAUGCUGCACAUGACCGUUGGAAGCUGCUUCAGCAGAGGAGACAGAUUGAAACCAAGAAUGCAAUCGACAAGGGUCUGAUAUGGGAUCAGAGCAAGAAGGGUAUGCGUCUCGGCGACGCCCGAGCUCCCAGAGGAACUUGUCCGAGCAUGUGUCCGGAAUACGAAAGAGCCGAGAGAAUUUCGAACAACGAUGUUUGGGCUCAAGAACGAGACGCCCAAAACAAACCAGACGAAACAAGAAUGGUCAAGAAGUUUCGACGAGCAGCAGCAGGGCAGGGUGAAGCUCUCCCUUCAGACCUCAGGCCUCCGGAAAUGCUCCAGAAAACAAUGGACUUCCUCGUCAACGAUGUGAUUGCGAAUGCAGAAUGGCUUGGCGACGUGGCCAAAUUUGUUUGGGAUCGGACGCGUAUGAUCCGGACUGACUUUACCAUCCAAAGAGUCGCGGAAGUCAAGAAGGACUACUCGAAUAUGGCGGAUGUCAGGAUCGCUAUGGAGACAUACGAACGGUGCAUCCGUUACCAUAUCCUAUCGAUGCACCACAACGGUGAUACCGCGCGGGAGACAAAGCCAGACUACAGUUGGCAACAGGACCUGGAGCAACUCGAAAGCACCUUCUCCACGCUUACCCACAUGUACGAUGAUCAUAGAGAUCACUAUCGCUCUCCAAAUGAGGUUGAAAUGAAGUCAUACCAGAUCAUCCUUGCUGUACGAAAAGCGACGCAGAGUUUAGAGCACGACAUAGAAACUAAGUGGCCUCCGGAGUUCAUCACAAAUCCAGCUAUUGACGUGGCUCUCAAAAUAUACGCUGCUGCCGGCGACAUAAAGAAAACCCAUGGCCCGCUGAGGCCGGAAACCACAUUUCCCGUAGUUCAGGCCAAUUGGCAACAUUUCUGGAAUACUGUGAGAUCAAGUCAGGUGUCGUACCUUAUGGCUUGCGCUGCUGAGGCUGUCUUCGACAUCGUUAGACACAAUGCUCUCAACGCGAUCUGGAAUGGGUACAACCGGGGAAAGGGAAAGCCAACGGACUUUGAAAUAAAAGAUCUGAAGGACAUUUUAGCUUUUGAUACUCCCGAAGAGACGCUCACUUACUGUGAGUAUUUCGGCUUCACAGCAUAUGUGGAUGCUAUGGGACGUUUGUGCCUAGAUCUUGGCGAGGUGCGCACCACCAGAGAUCCUCUACGCAAGCCGAAGGAUGGACUCAAACCUCAGUACAUGGCAAAGUGGAUUGAGCCAAAGCGAAAGCGCCGCAAUCUUGCAGCCAUCAUAAACGGCUGGUCUGUUGAAGAAGCUGAGAAGCAUGGCAUGCUCGUUGAACAGAUCGAAGAGAAUGUUCACGUUGAAGACGUUCCAAUGAAGGUGUCGAAGAAGUUUCGUAACGAGUCUUCACUCUUCGUACCAGAGAACCCAGAGAGCCCCGAAAACAGUGAAGUCGAUGCGGAAGGAGAUGAAGAGGCUGAGGACGACGAGGACGACGACGGGGACCAAGAGAACGAAGAUGAAAGUGAAUAUGAGGAUGAGGAUGAGGAUGGGGAUAAGGACGAAGAGGAGGAAGAGCACGAAGGGAACCAAGAUGUCGCUACUGCCACCGCUGCUGUCGCUCAUCCUGGCCGUCGCCCUGAGGACAAUCCUUCACCCAAGCUCAACCCUUUCGCAAGCGCAUUUCAACCUCGAAACAGUCUCGGUACGACCACGAAAGCCUUCGGUGGGACUUUCGGACAGCCUUCGGUUUCGUAUACACAACCCCCGGCUAAGACCGCCACUUCUAGCCCAUUUUCUGCUUUCGCAUCAGCCUCGAAUCCCUCAUCAAGCUCGACCUUUGGCAAACCCUCUUUCCAGCCGCCCAUUGCGGUACAGAAACCUACAUCUUUGUCCGCUACCACUUCAACACCUGAAGACGGGGCUAGCUCUACUUUGGCUGCUCAAAGUCUGCUAACACAGUCGGCAUUCUCGCAGCCUCCCUCGUCACAUGACUCGAAACCGUCCUCUGUGGCUUCACCUUUCGCACCUCCGAAUCCAUCACCUAGCGGUACGACAUCUCCACUAUCAACUUCUGCGAAAUCUGUCACCCAUCCGGAAUCAGCAUACAAUCUAGCAUCUGCGAGCGAAGGCCGCAGUAAUGACCUUGCAGCCAAAUCCUCCACCUCAUCUACAGCUACUGCUCCAGCAACCAACCCUUUCGGUUUUGGUGGUACAUUUCCCUCAUUCACGACUACACGACCUUCACAAAUACCCGCGCAAGCGUCGUCGAGCCUUCAAUCCUUCACCAAAAACACGCAAGCUCAACCCUUACCUCCGCAGGUCAGCUCCUCAAGCUCAACAUCGACCGCAACAUUGUCUGCGUUUGCACCGACCUCUGCACCAGCUUCUACUGCUUUCACGCCAUCUUCAGUGACCAAAGUGACAGGCCCAGCAGCAUCGACGUUAAACUCAUCACCACUGGCAAAGCCUACGCAGACGCAGAACGAUGGCGAUCCGAGCAUUACAGGGGAACAGCAGAUCUCGUCUUCAUUCUCGAAGUCUACUGUGUCAUCACAAUUUCCAGAGUCUACUAUCUCUGAUCAACAGAACCGCACCCAAAAGCGGUCUGAAAUAUUCGAGUCGCUUGCUGUUCAGCUCAUCGAAGAGCCUGAGCGUGGAUUCAUGAAACAAUUGAUGGACUUCGUCAUUUUCCAGACUGUGCGCGAAUCAUUGGGUGAGUUCGAAGAAGAGAAGCUGCGUAAGGAAGCAGAUGCAUUUCGACAGAAUAAGUUGGCUAUCAAAUACUGUAUCAUUUGGUAUCGCAAUGUGAAGCGGAAGAAAAGUCGGCAGCGUCGACACGAUAGGAAAGAACGAGCCCGGCAACAGUUGGAGCUGAUGAAGGCGAAAGAGAACGAAAUACCCAAGAAUUCGGCAGAAGCACUUCUGCAGGCACGGUCACGGAAUGGCAAGGAAAAAUUGCGAAGCAAUGGAGUCGCACCAACUGUCUCUCGUACCGUAGAGCAACCAGACACGCCUCAAGAAGACUUUGCUGUUAAACAGCCGGUGAAAAGCCCUGUCGAGAGCCCUGUCACACAUACUCCUGUAAGGCAUUCUCCACGCCCCUUUAAUGCUGCAGAGCUUUUCGGUGUCACACCUCGCAACAGCAUCAGCCGGCAUACCCUGGAUACCCAGUCUGUUCGCCCUGUAUCCCAUGAACGCCUUAACCAAACACAUUCAGCCUACUUCAAUUCCAUCGCUAGCAGCGAUGUCGACUCCACCGCCAGAUCUAGCUUCAAUCGUAAGCGUACACGCCACGUACAAGAUGACGGCUCCGACGACGAUCUUUCGCCUGAUAGAAACUCUCUGCCAGGCAUCACCAGCACAUCAUACUGGUCGAAGAGCCGCAAACGCAUGAAUUCGCUUUCCGGUGGUAUGGACUUACGCCGCUCCUUCGGCCCAAUCGCCGGUCUGAACGCACACCUACGCCCAUCUUCGUCUCAUACGUCGCACGCAUCCACUCCAGCACCUGAUGUCGCUGCCGUCGAUCCCCGUGAUGCAGCCCUUCUUGCCCGUGUUGCUCGCGCACGCGCUUCGCUCAUGGGUACAUCGCCGUCUGUGUCUUCGAGCCCGGCUCUAGCAGACCUCAAGCCAUUACAAAGGACCCUUCCCGGCCGUGUCGAGGGAUUCCAUAAGGAGGAGCCACGCGACAAGCCCGCUUAUUGGUAUCGUAUUUCGCGAUUCGUGAAGCGCGAGGACUAUGGAAAGGCAGUGCUGGAUGUGGACAGACCGAAGUUCAGUCUUACGAAUGCGCUGAAGCCGCAGCUUGAGGCGGCACAGAAGGAGGUGCGCAGUAUGGAAGAGGACAAGCUGCAGAAUCACACACAAAAGGGGAAGAGGAAGCAUGACGAGAAGACAAAGCAGGAGGAGAACAAGAAGAGGAAGGCGACCCGCAAGAACAUGACGGCGCCACCUCUACCACCACCAGGACCGCCAAAGUUGGCCAACAGCGCAGCGGGUGGUUCUUGGGAUGACGCGAUUGAGUUGUAAUUUGAGACGACUUACGCAUGCUGACUUGGUCUUCUUUGCAUAAAACUUUGUAGCAUACCUCAUCAUAGCAUUUAGGGAAAGGAAUACCCUGCGCUUAAGCGCUCGCUCGUGACUUCACACGAGUAAAUACACAUACACAUACGCAUGCACACGCGUAUACAUUAUUGCAC